AUGUCAACUAGAUUUGAUCGCUUCGAAAGGCUCUUUGCCUACAAGCGCAAGGGCUCCCUAUCCUCUGUCCCCUGCGAGCUUCCCAGCCCGACUGCACUUCCGAUCGAGAAUGGCCAACAAUUCCCUUCACCAUCAUUCAUCCGUCCUAAGAAGCUCCGGAUGUGUGCGCGAGAUGAGGUUCGUCUGAGGGAAGCCGCCGGCCGCUCGCCAUCUGUCCCCGACAUCUUCACCUCCCAGGGCUCCAUCCGAGGCCACUCUCGCGACAACGGCUCGACAGGAAGCUCAUGCUCGCAGAAAGCAUCAGUCCGCUCGCCUUCCCUUAAUGGCAGAAGACAGGAUCGUCUAGUCACCGGCCUACGCGAUUUCCAAUUUCCCAAGCCCACGUUCCAAAACGGCCAAGUCUCUCCCCAAUUGUCCACCUUUAGCGACAAGUCGGGUGAGGCCCCUCGCAUUCCGAGCCCCCGAUCGCGCUCGCCUCUUCACAUCAAAAUUCCUCCUCCAUAUAGAACCGAUACGCCACCCUCUUCAGACCCCGAGGACAACUCGAAAUCCUCAGAAUCGUGGAGGACAAAGAAGCUUCCCGAGUUGCCUCAUCGCGCUCCGCCCACGCCUGAAGAGUCUCCUCAGCUGCGACCGUUGCCCGACCCACCGAGACUGCCUCGACUUCGGCACUCUCAUUCGACUGGUGCCCUGAAAAAGACGAUGUUCAGCGACACUACCUUGGACCUUGGCGACACACUUGAAGGUGUGCCCAUGCGUCGAACCAACAGCGAGCAGAGCUUUUCCCCGUCAGUGACGCCCUCGACCUCCAGCUCGAUUCUCCGCGAGCCAGAUGUCAACGAGUUCCUCAGUCUCAGUGAUGAUGACAUUGCCGAGGAGGAACCUGAUGAGCUCGAAAGAUUUCAAAGCACGCCCGUACCACAGCCACUCGCCACCACUCUACUGACCCUUACACCGCCCCGAGCCAGUCAGCCCGCCACAGCUGCAGCUUACGUGGCGGCCAGAAUUGCUAAGAGUUACGACUUUGACCUGGUCUACAUCGUUAACUUGUGGCCCGGUCCGAUGGAGUCGAAUGGCCAACGCCCGCUGAUUGGACGCCUCCUCGCCGCCCAUGGUCUGCACCACGUUCCCUCGCCUCUCCAGAUCUCUUCCCUGGUUCACACUACCAUAUUACGCUCUGACGGCUGGAUCGAGUACCGCAAUGCCGUUGCUCGUCCACACGACCUCGCCCGCGGCUACGCUAGUGCCUUUUACACGGGCCAGUAUGCCAGGAGUCUGUCUGGAAACACAUCUUCUCCUGUCUCCGGUGUACGCCUCUCUGAGCAGAUUGAUCGUGGCAUUGUCUUUGCCGCCUAUCGCAAGCCUCGGUCCAACCCUGACCGUCUUGGGCGUUCUUUUGAUGAUAAGGAGCUUGGCGAGCUCCACCGCGAGGCAGAGAGCCUUGUUGAGAUGCUCAUUGACAUUCACGUCACCAACCGACUACGCCAGCCGCCCACCAGCCCCCGCGCAAGCGAGGAGACUGGCCCUAUGCCGUCGCAGCAACUCGUUGCCGCAUAG